AAAGAUUCUUGAAUCUUGACACCAUGACGAAAACAUGACUCCAUCCUCUCUCUCUCUCUCUCUCUCUCUCUCUCUCUCCGGUCCCGCUUGUCUUGAAAGCCCAAAACAAGGGGCUGCCUCUCUCUCUCUCUCUCUCUCUCUCUCUCUCUCUUGCUUCCCCUAAUUCUGCUUUGGGUUUGUGGGUUUGUCAAAGCAGAAAACAUAGAAGAGAGAUGAGGAGAGAGGAAGAGGCGGAGAUUGACCGCCUUCCGAUUGACCUCCUCGCUCACAUACUCUGCCUCAUCAAUUGCUUCAAAGAUUUGGCCCAGGCGAGCGGGGUAUGUAGGAAAUGGAAACAGGCAGUGAAGCAAUCGCUGGCUCGGAGAGAGAGACUGAGCUUUGCUGGCUGGAAAAUGGACGAUGAAUCCACUACCCGCCUUGUUCUCUACGCUUACAACCUCAAGGAGCUCGACAUUCCAAGGAGUCGUUGGGGUUGCCAAAUUACAGACAUUGGUCUGUACCAAAUAUCUUCAGCAAAAUGUGUCAGCAACCUGACUUCAAUAUCUUUAUGGGGUAUGACAGGGAUCACAGACAAAGGUGUUGUUCAACUGAUUUCAAGAACAACUUCCUUGCAACACUUGAAUAUUGGUGGUACAUUCAUAACAGAUGAUUCUUUGUUUGCCAUUGCUGAUAGCUGUCCAAAUUUAAAGACUAUUGUCCUCUGGAGUUGUCGUCAUGUAACUGGGAGUGGACUUCUUAUUCUUGUAAAUAAAUGUCAGAAACUUAAGUCCAUCGAUGUGUGGGGUACACGGGUUCCCCUGGAUUGCUUCAUUGGCUUGCUUGCCAUCAGUCCAGCUCUCCAGAUUAAACCCAAAGAACUCCAGCUAAACAUUGAAAGGGUUUCGAUGGUGCCUGUAUAAAUGAUUCAAGUACAGAUUGUAUGUUCAUGUAUUCGUUGAUUGGACAUCGAACAUGUUUUGUACUGAUUACAUCAUGUUGCUUCCUGUAUUUUCCAUUCCCAUAAUUUGCAAGUGAUUUCCCUCGGUCCAUAUAUCUUUGUUCGUGAAAUAAACUUGCGUGCAAGAAAUGUAUUUGUAAUGGAGAUUUAUUACCA